GCCGAAGACUCACAAAACAAUUUAUUUUCGGUAUUUAUUGAGCGCCACAAUAUAACUGUUCGACAAUUCUCAACCGUCUCCACGAGGUUCUCUGCCAGUUAGGCGUGUAUUUUUUUAGUUUAAUUUAGUCAACCUUUAGGGUUUCGUCCCCUAUUUUUUUCAGAUUAAUAUUGAAAUUUUUAUUGCUUGAGUAGCGUACAAAAUAUUAGUUUUCUACGAAUUAGAAACCUCACGUUACGGCGCGUGAAUAUUAGAUUGUUGUAGUUGUUAUUACUGACUUUUAAUAAUCGCUUUCAUUCUUUAAUCUUUUCUCACACACGCUGGUGUACACAAUCCCCCAACACACAAAUUGCCGUCAGUCUAGACGCACAGUGCUUAAGACCGAAAGUCAGGUUUGUUUUCAAGUGUAAUGGGUGAAUUGGUUAGCUUGCAUGUAACCUUGAUUGAUGGGUCUGUGUUGGAGAGUGGCGGCCAAAUCCUACGUAACGCUGUUUCGAUAGCAGCGAUAACCAAAAGACCCAUCGAGGUGUGUAAUAUUCGGGCUGGUCGACAGAACCCAGGUCUCAGAAGUCAACACGCGGCUGCUCUCGAACUCGCUAGUAGAGUGUGUUGUGGUCAUUUAUCGUCGUGUGCAGUUGGAUCUACGGAAAUUCGGUUAAUACCUGGUCGGAUUUCUCCCGGUUCAUAUGAAGCUGAUGCUAAAACGGCAGGGUCGGUCUCACUGAUGCUACAAGCUGUAACGCCAGUGUUAGCGUUUGCUUCCAAUCAGAGUGAGCUGUUGUUGCGUGGUGGUACGGACACAUCGUUUGCACCUCCGAUCAAUUAUAUGAUUGAAGUAACAUCACAUUACUUUAGAAAAAUGGGUUUGGUUUGUGAGGUAAAAAUUGUUCGAAGAGGGUUUUAUCCAUUAGGUGGAGGAAUUGUCAAAGUACUGAUUUCACCUUUAAAAGAGCCACUUUCUCCCAUUUCUUUGUUAAAUUCAGGAACCGUUGAGAAAGUCAGUGGUUAUUCUUUUGUUGCAGGAAGAGUUCCACUAAAGGUUGCUCAUGAUGUGAAAGAUGAAGCGUUGCGUUGUUUCAGGAAAUGUUUCUCAUGUCCUAUAAAUAUUGAUUCAUUCCAAGAAAGCAGUGAUCGUUGUGAGGGCAACGUUGCGGCAUUUAUUUUCAGUUUGGUAAUUAUGUCUCAAUUUUGGUUUUCGGUGUCUCAUUUGAUCGUAGAAACAAAUAACAUGAAAAGUGCUUUUCAAUAAUUGGAGGUGAAUUUUCGAUGAAAUUGCUAAUCUGAUCAUUUCAAAACAUACUGACUACUUUUUCAACAAAGGUGUUAUGUGGUUGGAGGUAGCUGGCAGGAAGCCCUACCUAAAAGUUUCAUGCUACUUGGCACUCGUCAACGGAAUGUUACUGUAGUCUUUGGGAGAAUUGUGCUUCCCGACAGGUUUUGUCCUAUGUCACCUAACUCCACAGUCUAAGAUGUUACUACUGAGUUACCCGAGCAGCAACUGAUCAGUGACAAUGACACAUUUUCACCAUUGAUCGACCACUGAUUGCUAACCAGUGUCAUUUAUCUUGCCUUUUAGUGCUGAUCGCAUCCUAUCGAUCAGAUUGCAGUAUAAUCACUAGUCUCAUUGACUACUCCGCAUUGUGUGAACUAUGUUCUGUCGUUAGGUGGUUGGAAGUAAUCAACAGAGAACCGUGAACCCAGUGCUCAAGUUAUUUGGCAAUCGUCAGCAAGUUGCGUCGUUGAUGUCAACCUGGAGUAUAAUGUGAACUUAUACUACGCUAGAGUAAACCCGAUUAUUAAUACAUUUCUCAAAUUCGUCUAAAUGAAUUCAAGACAGCUUUAUCCAUACGAAUUGGAGGGUACUGAGUCAUUUAAUGUCAUUAUGAAUAUCAGAAGACUGUGGUUUUAACAUUAAUAUAUUCGGUCUUAAAUAAAGAGGUGGUCACUCAAUAUCAUAGAUUGAUUGAAAUUAGAUAUUAACGCCGUUGGAUGCCCGCUCAGUAGCCUAGAGACCAAUAGUCCUGGGUUGGAGUCCCGUAUACAGAAUCGUAGGAACCUCUGAUGAGUUCUAUAAUAGGACAAAACGCCUGUCUAGCGCUUCCAGGUUCCUAGUAGUGGUCUAACAUUAAUCAGUUCAUGAUUUUAAUUACAGCUCAACUAUCUUCAUAACCCUAUACUGAUAGUUAAACAGAAAGAUCAAUCCCAACAGAUUCUUCUGUACUCAGCACAUAGCACAAGAUAAGUUUUCAGUCCUUAUAGAAUGUGUAUAUGUGCAAGCGUUAAGGUACAUUUGUUUUGUAUUCAUGUGAAAUUUUGUCUGUCUACACUAGGUUCGUUAUACAUACUUCAACAGAUUGCCGUCUGGCCGUUUCUGGAAUUAUUAAUCCUCGAGAUCAUCAUUAUAGGCAAAUGGUUUCAGAAGCCUGUCAGUCACUUUAUAACUAUUCUAAAAUUGGAAUAUGUUGUGACGAUUAUAUGCAGGACCAGCUUAUAAUGCUUAUGGCAUUAGCUAAGGGAAACUCACAAAUACGGUGCGGGCCGUUAACAUUACAUACAAAGACUGCAAUAUAUGUUGCAGAACACUUACUUGGUGUUAAAUUCGAAGUAAUCACAGAUGAUGGAUUUUCGAUCAUUUCGUGCAAUGGUGUUGGAUACACACCCGAACAUUUGAAAAAUUCUUGUUCGUAAUUUUUCUCCUUAUAUUUAACAGUGCUUUCAAUUUCACUUGUGUUGUUUAUUACCUGCUUCGUUCUUUUUAUCGGAAAGAUUUUCAAUUCGAUCUGUUGUCUUAUUUUCACAAGGGACUUCUUGCGCAAAUACAGUUUGCUUCAAGUUGUAUUUUUCUUUUAAAGUAAGAAUAUCAACUACGUAUCGUUGGAACAAAAUCUAUCAUUAACUCCAGUGACAAUUUAAUGAUUCUGACAGCCCGUUUUGAUUCUUCUGAUCACACCAAUAGGCACAAUGCAACUUCGAAUUUCAAAGUUACAUAUACGGCUUGUUUAAUUCCACGAACACUCACGAAAUUCGAGUCCAGAUAUAUCUUUAGGAAGCAUAAACAUGGUUCACUUUGAUUUCUUGUCGAAAAAUGAAAUGUUGGAUGGAAUUCAAUUAACAGUGCUUAUGAAGGAGACAGUAUGAGGUUGUAUGAUUGAAAAUAAACUUGAUUAUAAAUGGAUGAUUCGAUGUAGAACAUGUUUUUAGUGUUCGGAAUUCUCCACAUUUUUUGCUUACGACCGUCAUAACUUGUAUAUGGUUUGACAUUGUCCUUGUAUCUAGUUACAAAUAAUUAACGCAUAAUACUGUCUCUAUGCCGUCAACCUAAUAGUUUAAUCCAUUUGUCAGUUGAUGGAUUUCAGAAGGUUCAUUCCCAUGGUAGCAGGUCAUUAAAGAAUAUAUAUGCCAUUCUCUCCUAAUGGAUGUCG